AUGUGUGAAGAAAAUAAGACAAAAGUCACAGAGUUUCACCUCUUGGGAUUCCGCAAUCUUUAUAACUUUAGAACUUUCUUCUUCAUCGUCCUACUUGCCAUUUACAGUGUGAUAGUGGUCGGGAACCUUUUAAUCAUCCUCUUGGUGUCAUUUAUUGACCAUCUGCAAAUUCCAAUGUUUUACUUCCUCAAACAUCUAGCUGUGGCCGAUCUUCUUCUCACCACCACUGUGGUACCAGUCAUGUUGGACAUAAUACUUAAGGAGGGAGCAGUCAUUUCUGUCAUUGGGUGUCUCAUUCAUUUGUGUGUUUAUGGUAUUUUUGGGUCCGUUCAGUGUUUCGUGUUGGCCGUAAUGUCUUAUGAUCGAUACUUAGCCAUCUGUAACCCACUUCAUUAUGUCUUCUUGAUGAACCCUAAUAAAUGUUUACAGCUCGUCUUUGGAUCUUGGUCUUUGGUGGUCACUUUGACUUUAAGUGAAAUUGUUUCAAUAGGUCAAUUUGAGUUUUGUGGCCUGAAUACUAUUGACCAUUUUGUUUGUGAUUUUCGCCCAGUUAUAGAAUUAAUAACUUCAAAUAGCAGUAUAAUCAUAAUAGGAGACUUUGUUAUCUCCGGCUUUAUGUCACUCUUUCCAUUUGCUUUCAUUAUUAUUGCAUAUAUCUACAUAGUUAUCACGAUACUGAAGAUUUCUUCCUCCACUGGAAGGAAAAAAGUCUUCUCCACAUGUAGUUCCCACCUGAUCACAGUGUGCACCUUUUAUGGGACCCUCAUAACAAUUUACUUGAGUCCAUCCGAUAAGAGCCACGGUGAUGUGAAUAUGUACCUAUCUCUCCUGUACCUUGUAGUGACUCCAUUUAUGAACCCAAUUAUCUACAGCCUCAGGAACCAUCAAAUCAAAACAUCUAUUAAGAAAGUAUUGAUAAGAACCAUGAUGGUAUUAGAAGGACAAUAA